UGGAGGAGUGCGAGUUACCGACGGAGGCACCGAGGGUUCGAGCCAGGUACCCGGACAGGGAACCUGAGCAAGGUCGAGGACGCCUGGGCCAGGUGGGGAGGUACCGGGUCGCAGGUACCCCCGGCCUGAGAUGCGGUAGAAGCAGCGCGCGCGAGAAGCCGGGUCCCCGGUGCCACCAGCCUGUCGCCCGGCCCAUGGCGAGCCCCGGCUUGGGGCUCCUUCUGGCGCUCGGCCUGCCGCUGCUGCCGGCCCGCUGGGGCCCGGCCCGGGGGCAAACGCUGGAUCCCCCUAUAAAUGAGAACGGCACUGUUACACCUGCUGAGCCAGGCUCUGGCUCCGAUGGGGCCCUGUCUCAGGGGGCCAUCACUGCCAUCAUUGUGGUCUUCUCCCUCCUGGCUGCCCUGCUUCUGGCCGUGGGGCUCGUGUUGCUGGUGCGAAAACUGCGUGAAAAGCGGCAGACAGAGGGCACCUACCGGCCCAGCAGCGAGGAGCAGUUCAACCAUGCAGCCGAGGCCCGGGCUCCCCAGGACUCCAAGGAGACAGUGCGGGGCUGCCUGCCCAUCUAGGUCUCCUUUUCUAUCCAUCUUCCUUGCUGUGUGACCUUGGGGGAAGGCAGAGCCCUCUCUGGGUAAUCAGACCUACCCAGUGCUUAAGAAUAGCAGGGAAGAAGGUGCUUUAAAGACCCUGUCCCUGAGGGCAAGGGAGAGUGUAUUGCUCACGUUUUAUAUACAUACACACAUACAUACAUUUAGUAGGGAGAUAUAGUAAAAGCUUUUUCUCUUUGAGCUGAUGGGGGCAGGAGGUAGUCUAGAUGGAGGGAACAAACUCAGGGCUCAUAGGCUGUUGAGAGACGAAUCAUAAGGUUGCAAGGAUCCUAGGACUAGGAGGGCUUCCUGGAAGGGAGGGGCUUUCAGCUACACGUCAGAAUCAGCUGGAGGCUGCCCCAGGAGGAAGGAAGUGGAUGGGGUACAUUUCUGAGCAGAGAAAGAGCCCCCAGAUAAACUCACCAGGAAAACCA